AUGACGAUAUCCAAAACAUGUUGUGCCUUUGCUGAGUCAUUUGCUCUGAAACAUUUUGAUGUUCUUAUUCAGAUCCGGGACGUUCCAGUGAGCGGUAACUACGAGGGUGCGUAUUAUCGUGAAGGUCAGAAGUUCAAUUUUGGUAAUCAAACGUUCAGUAUGGAUGAUCAGACGGAUAUGUUACCAACAUAUUGUCCUAACAAAUCAAAGACGUUCCUGUCUGCUCAGUGGGCAUUCGGGAUUACACAUGUUGGACAAUGUUUCGCCAGUGGCAUAAGUGAAUUUCGGGAAAUAUUAUGCAAGUAUGCCGUUGAACGUGGGUUUCAAUUCAAGUAUUUGAAGAAUGAUUCAGUUCGCAUUACGGCGGUUUGUAAGUUUGCAGAGUCUAGAGGAUGCGCGUGGUCAGUGCAUGCGAGGGUGUUGUCAUCGAAUGGCCUUUUAUGCGUUAAGAAGUUGGAUAGUGUGCACAAUUGUGGAGCUGCUAUUCGAACACAUACAAACCCACGUACGGGGUCCGAUUUGGUUUCAAGCGUUGUCGCAGAUCGGGUGCGUGCUAAGCCACUGACGCGUCUUACGAACAUUGUUUUCGAUAUGAAAAAUGACUACGGUUUGGAUAUUAGUUACCGAGUGGCGUGGUUAAGGGUUGAGAAAGCAAGAGGUGAAGUCUAUGGAGAUCAUGCUAUGUCAUUCGACCAACUUAGGUGGUAUAGUGAUUCCGUUAUGGAAAAGAACCCAAACAGUUACAUUAACCUUGAAUUUCACCAACAAACUGGGAGGUUCGUUCGGUAUUUUAUAUCCUUCCAUGCAUGUAUAGAUGGGUUCAACCAUUGUCGGCCGUUACUUUUUUUGGAUGGCACGUUUCUGAAAGGCAGAUUCAAGGGGAAUUUGUUAGCUGCUACCGCGAAAGAUGGCAAUAAAGGCUUGUUUCCGGUGGCCUUCGCAAUUGUUGAUUCUGAAAAUCAACAAAAUUGGGAAUGGUUUUUACAGAAUCUUAAAGAAGUCGUGGGUGACGAUCGUACGUUGACGUUCAUUUCGGAUCGUCACGCGGGGCUCUUACAAUCUAUGCCAAUUCUAUUCCCUUCAGCACAUCACGCAUUUUGUUUGCUACAUCUUCAAAUGAAUUUGAGAGACCGAAUGAAAUACGUUAAUGCAUCUCGUAAGGUUGGGUUGAUGCGGAAGCUCCGAGAAUGUGCUUAUGCCCUUACAAUACCAUCUUAUAAUCAGAAAAUAGAGGUGUUGAAAGAGUGUAACCCGGCUGUCUCGUUGUGGUUGACAACUUCUUGA